AUGCAAUCUGGAAGAGCAGAUGUUCUUUAUAAAAAUACACUUGAUUGUGCAGUCAAAAUUGCUAAGAAUGAAGGAACCAAAGCCUUCUUCAAAGGAGCCCUUUCAAAUUUCUUCAGAGGAAUCGGUGCAUCACUUGUCUUAGUCCUCUAUGAUGAAAUCUAAUAAUUUGUUGCCCCAGGAUCCAAAUCAUCAGGAGGUGAAUGAUCAAUUAUUAUUGUACAUUCAAUAUACAAUAUAACAAUAUAUAUUACCCACACACACA